CCCCCUUUGUGUCCGCCCCGGGAUCCGGCCCCGCUCGCGCGGCUGGGGGGCGCCCCACGGAAGUGAGCCCCCCCCCGGAGGAGGGCCGGGCACUGCCCCCCCCCCGGUGUGAUCCCCGGAUUUGGGUCUAGCAGCGUUUCCUGCCCACCCGGUUCUGCUUGUGGUGAAGAUUUUUGUCCGGCGGGGGGGGGAUUGGACCCCCCCCCUUGUCUUGUUUUUUUAAUUAUUUCGCGGACAAUGUUCUCCGCGGCCGCCCGCCGCUGGAUCGUGCCGGGUGCGGGUUUCUGGACGGCCUUGUAAAGCGGUCUCUCUGGGAGGGACGGCAGGAGACGGGAUGGAUGAUCGGAAACCGCCCAGCCAGGCCAAAGACUGUGAGGUGCCAGCCGACGGGGGGGUGUCUUCGGAAGAGCGGGGCGGCGCGGAAGGAGACCCCCUGAAGCCGCCGGAAGGGGCCCCCACUGCCCAGGAGCCGGAAGCCAAGGAGCCGCCCCAGACCUGCAGGCGCUGUGCCCUCUGCAACUGCGGCGAGUGGAGCCUGCAUGGGCAGGGGAAGCUGCAGCGCUUCGAGCCGGCACCCGACUGGACUGAGCGUCUCUCCGGGCUGCCGGACGGGAGGGGCCCUGGCGAGACUCGGGCCCCUGGGGACGACCUGUCCCUGAUCGGCUUCGCGGAGGGGGUGUCGCCAGGAGAGCUCUUCGGGCCAGCGGGGCACUGCUGGGCCCACCACUGGUGCGCUGCCUGGUCGGCGGGGGUGCAGCCACAGGCCGGAGCCGGGCUGAGCGACGUGGACAAAGCUGUUUUCUCAGGGAUCUCGCAGAAAUGUGAACACUGUCAGAGGAUGGGUGCUACCAUUCAGUGCCACUCGGAGGGGUGUCCGCGGCACUACCACUUCCCGUGCGCGGCGGCCAGCGGCUCCUUCCAGUCCAUGAAAACCCUCCGGCUCCUGUGCCCGGAGCACGUGGCCGAGGCGGUGCAGAUGGAGGACUCGCGAUGCAUGGUUUGUGACGGGCCGGGGGACCUGCGCGACCUGCUCUUCUGCACUAGCUGUGGGCUGCACUACCACGGCACCUGCCUGGACGUCCCCGUCACGCCGCGCAAGCGCUCCGGCUGGCAGUGCCCCGAGUGCAAAGUCUGCCAAACGUGCAGACAGCCCGGCGCAGACUCCAUGAUGCUGGUGUGCGAGGCCUGUGAUAAGGGCUACCACACGUUCUGCUUGAAGCCGGCCAUCGAGAGCCUUCCCACGGACUCCUGGAAGUGCAAGAACUGCCGGGUGUGCUCCGACUGUGGGUCACGGCCGGCGGCGCUCGACCCCGGGUGCCACUGGUAUGAGAACUACUCGGUGUGUGAAGGGUGCCAGCGGCAGCGGAGCGCGGCGGGAGGCACCGAUGCCGCGCGGCGCUGCCAGAGCUGCCAGAAGCCCUUGCCCCCGGACAGCGACGCGGCAGGGGGUUCCUCCUGCCGGGCGUGUCAAGGGCAGCAGGAGCACCCGCAGCCGGACGGGGCCGUACCCCAGGAAGAGAUGCCCUCGGAGUGUGAAGCCAAACCACUAGGUCCCGCUCCAGAGGCGGAGGAGCUGGAGGAGACGCCAGGCCCGGCAGCACCUGCUAAGGACGAGCCGACGGAGCCGACACCCCCCGAGACAGACCCUGAACCACCAGCCCCACCCCCAGCCCCCCCAGACUCCUCCGUUGCCACGUCGCCCGCCCGCCCCGAGGAGCUGCCACCGGAUGCCAAAGAGGAAGUGGCCCCCACGCAGCCAGCCGGACCCCCUGCCAUCACCGCGGCCCCGCUGGAGCCUGCGGGCAGCCCCCAGCCCCCCACGGAGAAGGAGCCUGCUGCCGCCUCCCCAGCCCGGACAGCGACGCCCCCUGCAGCCCCCCAGCUGUGCCCCCCGCAGCCCAGGGAAGCGAUGGAGUGUGGGGAAGAGGAGGGGAUGGACACGGCAGGGGGCGAGGUGGGGUCCCUGGCCAGCCCUGUGGGGGAUGGCGUCCAGCCCACCCCAGCUGUGGCCCUGGGGCCGUUCCCAGGCUUGGCGGGGGAGGAGGAGGAGGAGGCAGCCGCUGGGCUGGAGCAGGCAGGGGCUGCGGGGCGGUGCUCUCCCCAGCUGAGCGAGGAUGGGCUGGAGGAGAGCCGGGGCGGGGGGGACCCUGAGUCCAGCCAGACCCCCGUCAGCUUCACCAGCGAGCUCAAGGGGUCCCCCAUGCUGCUGGAGCACGAGGAGCUGGGCCCGGCCACCCCGAUGGAGGUGUACGGGACGGGCGGGAAGCUGCUGGAGCGUGGGGAGGAGGUGGGCCCCGAGCCCCCCGUCCUGCGGCCCCGCCCCACCCUCAUCAAGUCGGACAUCGUCAACGAGAUCUCCAACCUGAGCCAGGGCGACACGCGAAGCAGCUUCCCCGGCUCGGAGCCCCUGCUGGGCUCUCCCGACCCCGAGGGCGGGGGCUCGCUCUCCAUGGAGCUCGGCAUGACCUCCGCCGACAGCCUGCAGAAGGACGACGCCAGCUCCCUGCCCCACUGCACCGACUCGCUGGCCGAGACGGACGACUCGCUGCUCUUCGAGCCGGGCGCCGGGGCCAAGGGCGAGGGGGAGAAGGGGCGUCGGCGGAGCUCCCCGGGGCGCUCCCGCCUCAAGCAGGGUCGCAGCAGCAGCUUCCCAGGGAGGAGGCGCCCCCGAGGCGGGACCCAGGGGGGCCGGGGCCGGGGCCGAGCUCGGCUGAAGUCAACCACCUCGUCCAUUGAGACCCUCGCGCUAGCGGAUAUCGACAGCUCCCCCAGCAAGGAGGAUGACGAGGAGGAGGACGACACCAUGCAGAACACUGUGGUGCUUUUCUCCAACACGGACAAAUUCGUCCUCAUGCAGGACAUGUGCGUGGUGUGCGGCAGCUUCGGGCGCGGGGCGGAGGGGCACCUCCUGGCCUGCUCCCAGUGCUCCCAGUGCUACCACCCCUACUGCGUCAACAGCAAGAUCACCAAGGUGAUGCUGCUGAAGGGCUGGCGCUGCGUGGAGUGCAUCGUCUGCGAGGUGUGCGGCAAGGCCUCGGACCCCUCGCGCCUGCUGCUCUGCGACGACUGCGACAUCAGCUACCACACCUACUGCCUGGACCCGCCGCUGCACACUGUGCCCAAGGGCGGCUGGAAGUGCCAGUGGUGCGUGUGCUGUGUGCAGUGUGGGGCAGGCUCCCCUGGAUUCCACUGUGAGUGGCAGAACAACUACACGCACUGCGCCCCCUGCGCCAGCCUUGUCACCUGCCCCGUCUGCCGGGUGAAGUACGUGGAAGACGACCUGCUCAUCCAGUGCAGGCACUGCGACCGGUGGCUCCAUGCCGUGUGCAACAAUCUCUUCACGGAGGAGGAGGUGGAACAGGCGGCAGACGAGGGCUUCGACUGCAGCUCCUGCCAGCCCUACGUGGUCAAGCCAGUCGUUCCAGUGGCCCCCCCAGAGAUCAUCCCAGUGAAGAUCAAGGAGCCGGAGCCCCAGUAUUUCCGCUUCGAAGGCGUCUGGCUGACGGAGACAGGCAUGGCCGUGCUGCGCAACCUGUCCAUGUCCCCCCUGCACAAGCGCAGGCAGCGCAAGACCCGGCUGGGCACCCUGAAUGGGGAGGGGGGCCUGGAGGCGGGCGACCCCCUGGGCACGGACGAGAAGAAGGACGGGGAUCUGGACGGGGACGACCUGCUGAAGGGUGAAGUGGGCGUGGAGCACAUGGAGUGUGAGAUCAAGCUGGAAGCUGCCACCAGCCCCGACCGGGACGGGGGUGCCGACGUGGACUCGGGGAAGGGGCUGGAGGAUUCGGAGGAGUGCAAGAAGAGGAAGCGGAAACCCUACCGCCCCGGGAUCGGCGGGUUCAUGGUGCGGCAGCGGAAGUCCCAUACCCGGCUGAAGAAGGGCUCGGCAGCGCUGGUGGAGGCCUGCCGCGAGGUGCUGAGCGCCGAGGGGCAUCCGGAGGACGGGGCGCCGGCGGAGAUCCCUGUGGAGGGUGCUGCGGAGCAGGGCGCCACGGAGGGCGACGAGAAGAAGAAACGCCGAGGCAGGAAGAAGAGCAAGUUGGAGGAUAUGUUCCCUGCCUACCUCCAGGAAGCGUUCUUCGGGAAGGCGCUCAUGGACCUGAGCCGGAAGGCCCUGCUGGCCGCGGGGGGUGUGGGGGAUGGAGCUGCCUGUCCCCCCUUUGGUCAGGGUGCUCCCAGACCCAGGGUGGACCCUGGGGUGCCCGGAACACUCCAGAGGGUGCCUGGAGAUGGGAAGGAGACCCCUGCCCAUCUGAAAGGGGAUGACAGCAUGGACAGCAGCACCCUGGUGGCCCAAGAGGAGGACCCGAAAGGGGCGGAAGCGAAGGCUGAGGACCCAGGGGCAGAGGAGCCGAAAGGUUCUCCGGAUCCUGGGGACAGCGAGAAGCCGGCGACACCCGGCGAGGGUGCUCUCAGCUCUGACCUUGACAAGAUCCCCACAGAAGAAUUGCCCAAGAUGGAGAGCAAGGACAUCCAGCAGCUCUUCAAGGACGUGCUGGGCUCUGCCGAGCGGGAGCAGCAGCUGAACUGUGUGGCGGCAGGGAUGGAGGCCGGCAUGGGAGGGCGAGACCCCAACCGGGCGCAGCUCUCCCAGAGGCCCUUCCUACAAGGUAGUGUUUCUCUGGGCUCACUCUCCUCCGCUGUCCCCAUGGAGUCCUACUCGGGAGUCUGCCAGUCCCCGUUCCUUGAUAACAGGGAGAGAAGUGGCUUCUUCAGCCCAGACCACUGCGAGCCCGAGAGCCCCUGGGCCAGCAGCUCGGCUGCCACCACCCCCUCCACACCCACCACCCCGACCACGGAGGGUGAGGGGGAUGGGCUCUCCUACAACCAGCGGAGCCUACAGCGCUGGGAGAAGGACGAGGAGCUGGGCGAGCUGUCCACCAUCUCGCCUGUACUAUAUGCCAACAUGAACUUCCCCAGCCUCAAGCAGGAUUACCCAGACUGGUCCAGCCGCUGCAAACAGAUCAUGAAGCUCUGGAGAAAGGUCCCAGCCCCGGACAAAGCCCCCUACUUGCAAAAGGCCAAAGAUAACCGGGCAGCUCAUCGCAUCAACAAGGUGCAGAAGCAGGCCGAGAGCCAAAUCAACAAGCAGACCAAAGGGGAGGUGCUGCGCAAGCCUGAGAGACCCUCGCUGCACCUGAGGAUCCCGCCCCAGCAGGGGGCACUGCCUGGUGCUGCGGGGCAGCCUGUCUACAUCAACAGCCCGGUGGCCCUGCCCGGCUCUGCAGACGGGUUCCUGAAGUCCCCUGCUGGCGCCGAAGCAGCAGCUGAGUCCAGCGAGCUCUUCCUCAAGCUUCCUUCCCAGUCGCCAGCCCAAGUGCCUUCGCACGACCCCUACAGCCUGGCCCCCCCCUACCCGCUGGAGCCCCGCUUCCCCUCGCCCCUGGGCCAGAGCCCCACAGCCGGAGCUGCCUUCCAGCCCUUCCCCACACAGCAGCAGCAGCUCCUGCCCGCUCCCCGGCCGGCCCUGGGCCCCCAGCCUCCGGAGUUCCACCCCACCUCCCCCGGGACCCCCCGGCACCAGCCCUCCACUCCAGACCCCUUCCUGAAACCUCGCUGCCUCAGUGGCUCUCUGGACAACCUGUCGGUGCCGGGGAGCCCCGGGGCCAGGCCCCCCGAGCCCCUGCUCUCGCCCCCUCCCUUCGGGGAGCAGAAGAGGGGCCUGGAGGCUGGGGGGCUGCAGGUGAAGAAGGAGGAAGGGGGCCCGGGAGUGUGUUCUCCUGGCUACGUGGCCGCCAUGGGCUACGCCGACUCCCCGUCCCACCUCUCCUCAGCCGACGUGUUCAAAGCCCCCCUGACCCCACGGGUCUCUCAGGUAGAGCCACAGAGCCCAGGGCUGGCGCAUCCCCACCCCCAGGCUCUGGCCCCCUCCCCUCCCAGCCACCCCGACCUCUAUAGACAGUCGCCCUCCGUGUCCUGCUACUCGGACCCCUAUGCCCAGCCCCCCCUGACGCCCCGGCCACAGCCCCCCGACAGCUGCUGUGCCCUGCCCCCCAGGUCCUUGCCUUCCGACCCCUUCUCCCGCGUCCCCGCUAGCCCGCAGUCCCAGUCCAGCUCCCAGUCCCCUCUGACCCCCCGGCCGCUCUCCAAUGAGGCUUGCUGCCAGUCACCCGUCACCCCUCGCUUCCAGUCGCCCGACCCCUACUCCAGACCCCCCUCGCGCCCCCAGUCCCGGGACCCCUUUGCCCCCCUGCACAAGCCCCCACGGCCCCAAAUGCCCGACUCCGGCUUCAAAUCGAUCCCAGUCUCCCACAAUCCCCCAGCUGGCGGGGGCUUCCCCCCGGCCCAGCCCAAUGACCCUCACUCCAAGGGGCCGGGGAGCCAGCAGCCCCCCUUCGCCCGCUCCCCCGGAGCCAGCGUCUUCCCUGGCACCCAGGCCCAGAUGCGGUUCACCUUCCCCCCAGCUGGCGCAGAGCCCCUCAAGGGUUCCCCCUCCCACCAACCCCACGGGAUGAACAGCCAUUUCGCCUCUAGCCAGCCCAUGGGCAAGCCUCAAAGCGCCAACUAUGCCUCCUCGCCCGGCUUCCACCAGGCCGGUAGCCCCCUGGGGCCUGGCAGCUGCCCUGCUGAGACCUACAGCCUCUCUCCCCUGCGGCCCCCCUCGGUGCUGCCGCAGCAGCCCCCCCACCCCCAGCAGCAGCAGGACGGCUCCCUGACCUACUUGCCCCGAGCCGGGAUGGCGCCGCCAGCCGACAAGCGGGACGAGGUGGCGUCGGGGAUCUCUGGUCUCCCCAGCCGGGAGCUGCCCGAACUGCCAGUCAGCCAGGAGGGCGCCGUCAGCGGCAUCAGCCAGUCGGAGCUGGAGAAGCAGAGGCAGCGCCAGAGACUCCGUGAGCUCCUCAUCCGCCAGCAAAUCCAGAGGAACAACCUGCGGCAGGAGAAGGAGAGUGCAGCCGCCGCCACCAGCUCCUCCCAGGCACCGUGGAGCGCCGAAGCCAGCAGCCAGGCCUUCGAGCAGCUCAGGGGCCUGGCACCCUACCAGCCAGCACAGGACAAGAGCGCCCUCGGGAAUCUGCCCGCGGCCCCUGGCAGCAGCAAACUCUCCGGGCCAGUCAUGGUGCCCGCAGCCUUCGCACCGGACGAGCGGCUUUCCCGCCCGCCUCCCGCCGCCACGCCCUCCUCCAUGGACCUCAACGGCAGGCCGUCAGUGGGAGCCCCCCAGACCUUCUUCCCACGCGGCAUGUUCCAGGGGCCCUCACCACAGCAGCAGCAGAUGUGGCAGCAGCAGCAGCAGGCGGCCGUGCGGCUCCCUGGCCCCGCCCGCUUCCAGCAGCCGCCUGCCCACGAGCUCAGCCGGCCAGCGCUGGGGGGCCUGGCUGGGCGCAUGGCGGGCCCUGCCGAGCAGAUCCCGUCCUCGCCCGGAGCCGUGGGAGCCCAGUUCAUUGAGCUGCGGCACAAUGCCCAGAAGGGGGCGGCUGGGGGCAUGGGCUCCCCCUUUGCCCAGCAGGGCCCCCCGGCCAGACCACGUUUCUUCCUGCCCAGCAACGAGAGCUCCAGCCAGGCCCUGCGUGCCUCCGUCAUGCCUCUGCCAGCCCCGGUCCUGCAGCCCCAGAAGCUGCCGGCCCCUCUGCCGCCCUCCACCACUUCCCCGCAGGGGGCUGAGCGGAGCCACCAGCCUCCCCCCAAAAGCGGCCCUCCACUGCCCCCGCCUCCCAGCGGCCUGGAGCUUCCGCCUGGCCCGCCCCGCCCUCUGUCGUCGUCCUCCGGCUCCGGCCUGCGUCCCGACGGCCCCAAGGACGGCCCCGCCAUGGAGCCCCCGCUGGCUCCGGUCCCGGCUCCAGCUCCCAGCAAGAGCCACCUGGCGUUGGAGGGUGGGCGGCUCCCAUGCGAGGUGCCGGUGGAGCCUGACCUGGACGACGACUUCGACUCCCACAAGGACCUGGAGGACGACGACCUGGCCAACCUGAGCCUGGACCCGGACGUGGCCAAGGGGGACGACGACCUGGGCAACUUGGACAACCUGGAGACCAACGACCCCCACCUGGACGACCUGCUGAACGGUGAUGAGUUCGACCUGCUGGCCUACACCGACCCCGAGCUGGACACAGGCGACAAGAAGGACAUCUUCAACGAGCACCUGCGCCUGGUGGAGUCGGCCAACGAGAAGGCCGAGCGCGAGGCUCUGCUCAAGAGGGAGCCGGCUGGGCCCUGCCCCAAGGGCCCUGGGGAGCCCAAAGAACUGGCACCCCCCAGGGAGGGGCUGCCGCCCACCCCUUGCCCCUCCAGCACGGCACCGGCUCCCCACCUGAUCUUCAAGGCCCAGGCCAGCAUCCUGGGAGCCAAGCCCGCCUCCCUGCCGGCCAGUGUCCAGCCCAAGCUGGAGGAAGGCUGCCUGAAGACAUCCCCCUGCCAGUUCAACACUGGCGCCUCUGACCGCCUCCCGGUCCCCAUCAAGUCAGAGGCCCUCCAGGGGGCCGAGAAAAUGGCUGCCUCCCUAGGCCUGACCCUCAAGCGUGGCCAGAACCUGCUGAGUCCCGGAGCGGGGCCCGUGCGGCUCGGCACAGCCCCCUUCCCUACCAACAGCCAAGCUGCCACCUCUGGCUCAGACAAGGGCCCCUAUGCCGCCCCAGGCCGCGGGCUGGCGCCCGGCCAGAGCACUGCCCUGCUGGAGCUGGAUGGAGGGGCCUUGGGCCUGGCCAACGCCCAGCACUCGCCGGCUGACGACCUGGAGAAGAUGGAGAGCUCCCUGGUGGCCAGUGAGCUGCCCCUGCUCAUCGAGGACCUGCUGGAGCACGAGAAGAAGGAGCUGCAGAAGAAGCAGCAGCUGUCGGCCCAGCUGCCGGGGGGCGCCCAGCACCUCCAGCCUGUGCAGCAGCAGCAGCAGCAGCAGCAGCAGCACUCCAUACUGGCUCACCCGGCAGGGCCGGCCCAGCCCCAGGAUGGGCAGGGGCCCCGCCUGCUGGGGCCCCAGCAACAGCUGCAGCUGGGCCUCAUCGCCAGGCAGCAGAACCUGGUGCCCGCCCAACAGCUAAUGACGCAGCAGCAGCAGCGGGUGGUGGGACCCCAGCAGGGCCAGGUGCUGGCCCCACACAUGGCGAUGGCGCAGCCCCAGCCCCACGGCCCCACGGCCCAGCACGGCGUCCAGCCGGCGCUGACCCCGCAGCCGAACCAGCAGCAGGUGCUGGUGCAGAAGCAGAUACCUGGAGUGCAGCCGACCCCCAUGGGCACGAAACCCCAGCAGCUCGUCAUGCAGCAGCAGCAGCUGGCCAACAGCUUCUUCCCCGACACAGACCUGGAUAAGUUUGCGGCCGAGGACAUCACGGACACCAUCACCAAGGCGAAGAUGGUGGCACUGAAGGGCAUCAAGAAGGUGAUGGCUCAGGGAAGCAUUGGGGUGGCCCCUGGGAUGAACAGGCAACAGGUGUCCCUGCUGGCUCAGCGGCUCUCGGGGGCCCCGGCCACGGCUGAACUGCAGAACCACGUCCCAGCUGGGAGCGGACAGGAGCGAAGUGGCAGCGACCCGUCUCAGGCCCGCCCCAACCCACCCACCUUCGCUCAGGGUGUCAUCAAUGAGGCCGACCAGCGGCAGUACGAGGAGUGGCUCUUCCACACCCAGCAGCUCCUGCAGAUGCAGCUGAAGGUGCUGGAGGAGCAGAUCGGCGUGCACCGCAAGUCGCGCAAAGCCCUGUGCGCCAAGCAGCGCACGGCCAAGAAGGCCGGCCGCGAGUUCCCCGAGGCCGACGCCGAGAAGCUCAAGCUGGUGACGGAGCAGCAGAGCAAGAUCCAGAAGCAGCUGGACCAGGUGCGGAAGCAGCAGAAGGAGCACACCAACCUGAUGGCCGAGUACCGCAACAAGCAGCAGCAGCAUCAGCAGAGCUCUGCUGUUAUGGCCCUGAGUCCCUCGCAGAGCCCCCGGCUCAUGGCCAAGCUCCCAGGCCAGCUGCUCUCCGCCCAUGGUGUCCAGCAACAGCUCCCCCAGCAAACCGGGGCCAUGGUGGGGGUGCAAGGCCUGGGCCAGCAGCCCAACCAGCUGGCAGGGCAAGCAGGCAACGUGCGCUUGCCCCAGGGCGGAGUCUCCAUGGCGGUCCAGCAGGGCCUGUCCUUCAUGGGCCAGCAGCAGCUGGGGAACGCAGCCGUCCCGGGCACGUCCAACAGCUUCUUCCCCGGGAAUCCUGCGCUCCGGGGGCUGGCCGCCGACACCCGGCUGAUGCAGGAGAGGCAGUUGCAGAGGAUGCAGCUGGCUCAGAAACUGCAGCAGCAGCAAAGCAUGCUGGGACAGGUGUCAUUGCAGCAGCAGCAGCAACAGCAAAGCAUGCUGGGACAGGUGUCGUCAUUGCAGCAGCAGCAGCAGCAACAACAGCAAAGCAUGCUGGGACAGGUGUCGUCAUUGCAGCAGCAGCAGCAGCAACAACAGCAAAGCAUGCUGGGACAGGUGUCAUUGCAGCAGCAGCAGCAGCAACAGCAAAGCAUGCUGGGACAGGUGUCAUUGCAGCAGCAGCAAAGCAUGCUGGGACAGGUGUCGUCGCUGCAGCAGCAGCAGCAAAGCAUGCUGGGACAGGUGUCGUCGCUGCAGCAGCAGCAGCAGCAAAGCAUGCUGGGACAGGUGUCGUCGCUGCAGCAGCCCCCUGCUCCCCAGCAGGGCAGUGGGGGGCAGCCCAUGGUUCCAAAGCAGCAGGGGAUCCUGGUCCAGCAGCUCUCGCCUCAGCCGCAGGCAGGCAUGAUGGGGCACUCCCAGGUGUCCAUGCUGCAGCAUCAGGGCGUCGCAGGCCACCAGAACCCCCCGAGGCAGGUGCUGUUAGCACCCCACCAGCAGAGGGUGCUGGGCUCGCCUCAGCUGGUGCAGCAAACUCACGGCCUCCUGGGUCACCGGCUGAUUUUAUCACCAGCGCAGCAGCAGCAGGCAGGACUUCUGGGCCAGUCACGGACUUUGCUAACCCAGCAGCAGCAGAGCUCUCUAGCACAGCACCCGGCCCUGCUGGGGCAGGGGCAGGGGCAGGCUGCCAAGCAGCAGAUACAGCACUUUCCACAGCAUGGGGCCCUGGGCCAGUCCUCCUCCAUGCUACACUUGAGUCAGGGAGUUCAGCCAGCCCUGCAGGGCACGGCCACCAAGGAGCAGCAGGGAGGGGCAGAGAACGCUGUGCUGCCCGCAGAGGGGGCCGAGGGCAGGGGGCAGCAUCAGGUUCAGCUGGCAGCCGCUGGGGGUGGGCCGGGCAGCCAGGACCUCGGGGGGCAGCCGCACAUGGGCACUCAGGAGCAGCAGGGCAUUCAGAACCUCAAUCCCCUGGCACUGGCCAGCCAGGAGCAGCUGGCGCCCCUGGGUGGAGAGCAGCAGCCGCAGAAACACCAGCCCGAGCCAGGGCAGCAGCAGCCCUGCCCGCUGCCCUCCCCGCAGCAGACCAUGGCGAGCUCCUUGCAGCUGCAGCAGCCGCAGCGAAUGCAGGGGGGCCCGCAGCAAAGCAACCUGCUUCAUCCGCCACUGCAGAACAGCGGGGGGCUGGCGCAGCUGGGGGGCACCGUGAGGCCAGAGCAGCCGCACUCGGACCCUGCCCAGGGGCCUCACUUGCUGGCCCCACAGAGCUCAGUGGCAGAACAGCAACAGCAGCCCGGGAGCAUGAUGAGCCAGGGGCAAAGCCUCAUGGGCCAGCCGCCGCCGCAAAGGAUUGUGGGCCAGCCACCAGCACAGAGCCUAGAACAGCAGCCGAAAGGGCUGGUGGGCCAGCGGCUGCCGAGCCCGGCGGCGCAGCACCAGCACAGCAUGCUGGUCCCGCAGGUGUCCCAUGCACAGAGCAUCCUGAGCCAGGUGUCGGCUCCCGUGAUGGGCCAAAUCCGAGCUCAGCUGCAAGGCGUCAUCUCCAAAAACCCACAGCUGCGGCACCUCACCCCGCAGCAGCUGCAGGCCAUCCUGGUGCAGCGCCACCAGCAGAGCCUGCUGCAGCAGAGCCAGGCACUCAGGCAGGCCCAGGCGUCAGUUGAGCAGGGGCCGCACCCCCCCUCGGCCCUGCAGGCCCCCAUGGUGCGCCAGCAGCCGAGGCAGCCGGGGACAGCGUUCCAGGUCCGGACAGCCGGCCCCUCCGCUGCUGCCGAGCAGAUGCAGCCAGGGUUUGUCAUGGAGCAGGCGUCUGCCGGCCAGCAGAGAGCGCCGCUGGCGGAGCUGGUGCCCCCGGCGCUGGCGGGGCGUAGUCCCCAGCAGACGGUGCUCAGACUCUCUGCCCCACCAGCAGCUGCCCCAGUCCAGCCGCCCAUGAGCAUGGUCAACCUGGGCUCUGUGCAUCAGCACCCCCCACCCAGCUGGGAACAGAGCCCCCAAGAGCCAAAGGAACCCUCCCCGCCCAGUGUGGUACAGCCCGAGCUCCGACUGACGCCCACCCAGACCAGCCUCCUAGCGGAGCCGGUGGCCACCAUCCCAAAGCCACCCCCCAGCCAAACAGGGGAGGAGCCCUUUGCUGGGACCCCUGGCCGCUGGGAGCUGGCCGCGCAGGGUCCCAGCUCCUCUCCCAGCAGGGAGCCCACGGCUGGAGCGAGAAAGCCACCGGACCGGAGCCUGGCCGGGAGUCAAGUCAACGGGCAGGUGGUAGAAAGGCCAGGCCCACAGGCCUCUCCUCUGGAAGGGGGGGCCCUGCCAGCCGAGGCCCCCGGGGUCUGCAUCAAGCAGGAGCCCAAGGAGGAGACAGCGCAGUGCGUGCUGGGCGGGGGCCAGGCUGUGAAACGCGAGGCCAACGGGGAGCCGGCGCCCGCCCCGGCCCACAGUCUACUGCUGGGCAGCCAGCUGCUGGUGGGGGCCAGGUCUGAGGCCGGGCACCUGCUGCUGCAGAAGCUGUUGCGGGCCAAGAACGUGCAGCUGGCGUCGCAGCGCUCCGCCGAGGGGCUGCACUCCAAGGUCAACGGGCACAGCGACGGCAAGCUCUCGGGGCUGGAGCAGAGGCUGCAGGCGGCUCCCCCUGGCAGAGAGGAUCCCUCUGCCAGCAAGAAGCCUCUGGCCCCGAAGCCCAAGCGGGCCCAGAAGAGCGGGGAGCGGGUGGCCGCCUCCCGCAAGAAGCUGCGCAAGGAGGAUGGGCUCAAAUCCAGCGAGGCCCUAAUGAAGCAGCUGAAGCAGGAGCUCUCCCUGCUGCCCCUGGUGGAACCCACCAUCACAGCCAACUGCAGCCUCUUCGCGCCCUUCGGCAGCAGCCCCAUCAACGGCAAGAGCCAGCUGAAGGGGGCGUUCGGCAGCGCCGUGCUGGACAGUGUCCCCGACUACUACACCCAGCUGCUCACCAAGAACAACCUGAGCAACCCGCCUACCCCGCCCUCCUCGCUGCCCCCCACCCCGCCCCCCUCUGUGCAGCAGAAGAUGGUGAACGGCGUCACCUCCUCGGAGGAGCUGGCCGAGCAGCCCAAGGAGCCGGACCAGGCCCGGGAAGCCGAAGGCCGGAAGGACGCGCCUGCCGUGGAAGUGAAGAGCCUAGACCUGCUGGCGGCCCUGCCCACGCCCCCGCACAACCAGACGGAGGACGUGAGGAUGGAGAGCGACGAGGAGAGCGACUCCCCCGACAGCAUCGUCCCCGCCUCGUCCCCAGAGAGCGUCCUGGGCGAGGAGCCGCCCCGCUUCCCCCUGCUGGCCGACACGAAGCCGCAGCUGCAGGAACGGGUGCUGUCGCCCGUCAUCCCCAUCAUCCCCAGGGCCAGCAUCCCAGUGUUCCCUGACCCGAGGCCCCCCGAGGCGCGGGAGCCCUUCGGGGAGCACGGCGGGAAGGUGGCCCUGGCACAGAGCGUCGCAUGGGAGAAGGGAAAAGGCAGCGAAGUCUCCGUCAUGCUGACCGUCUCGGCCGCAGCUGCUAAGAACCUGAACGGUGUCAUGGUUGCCGUGGCCGAGCUGCUCCGCAUGAAGAUCCCCAGCUCCUACGAGGUGCUGUUCCCUGAGAGCCCGGUGCGGGGCUCUGGGCCUGAGGCCAAGAAGGUGGAGACGGACGGGGCUGGUGGGCUCGGAGGCAAGGCCAAGGCGGCGCUGGCAGGGAAAGCCCCCGACGCUGGCACCGAGUGGCUGAAGCAGUUUGAUGCCAUGCUGCCAGGGUACAGCCUCAAGAAUGAGCUGGACAUCCUGACGCUGCUCAAACAGGAGAGCCCGGGAUUGGACAAGGCCGUGCAGCACUGCUACGUGAACAACGUCUCCAACCUGGACGUGCGUCAGCUCUCCAUCCUGCCCCAGGAGCCAUCCCCGCCCCUGUCGCCCCUGGCCCCUUCCCCUGCCAGCCCCGCCGACGGGGACAGGAUCCCAGAGGCACCCCCUGAGGUGGCCCCUGCGCCCCCCUCCCCACCCGCCCUCUCCCCACCCUCCAAGGAGGAGGCGGCGGCGCGCUCGCCGCCCAAGCUCAAGCAGCGCUCGCGGCCCCCGGAAGAGGGAGAGGAGCCCCGGCCCCGGCUCAAGAAGUGGAAGGGGGUGCGGUGGAAGCGGCUGCGUUUCCUCAUCACCAUCCAGAAGGGCGGAGCCAAGCAGGACGGCGAGAAGGAGAUCUCCGAGUUCAUCGAGAAGCUGGGUACCACCCUGCGGCCCGAGAAGGUGCCCCGGGACCUGCGCAAGUGCUGCUUCUGCCACGAGGAGGGGGACGGUGCCACCGACGGGCCCGCCCGCCUCCUCAACCUUGACCUGGACCUCUGGGUGCACCUGAACUGCGCCCUGUGGUCCACCGAGGUGUACGAGACGCAGGGCGGGGCGCUGAUCAACGUGGAGGGGGCGCUGCACCGAGGGCUGCUCACCAAGUGCUCCCUGUGCCAGAAGACGGGUGCCACCAACAGCUGCAACCGCAUCCGCUGCCCCAGCGUCUACCACUUCGCCUGCGCCAUCCGGGCCAAGUGCAUGUUCUUCAAGGACAAGACCAUGCUGUGCCCGCUGCACAAGCUCAAGGGCCCCUGCGACCAGGAGCUCAGCACCUUCACCGUCUUCCGGCGCGUCUACAUCGAGCGCGACGAGGUCAAGCAGAUCGCCAGCAUCAUCCAGCGCGGCGAGCGCCUCCACAUGUUCCGCGUGGGCGGCCUGCUCUUCCACGCCAUCGGCCAGCUGCUGCCCCACCAGAUGGGCGACUUCCACAGCGUCACGGCCCUCUACCCCGUGGGCUUCGAGGCCACCCGCAUCUACUGGAGCCUGCGCACCAACAACCGCCGCUGCUGCUACCGCUGCACCAUCUGCGAGAACAACGGGCGCCCUGAGUUCGUGGUGCAGGUCAUCGAGCAGGGCCUGGAGGACCUGGUCUUCACCGACUCCUCGCCACAGGCCGUCUGGAACCGCAUCAUCGAGCCGGUGGCGGCCAUGAGGAAGGCGGCGGCCAUGCUGCGGCUCUUCCCCGAGUACCUGAAGGGCGAGGAGCUCUUUGGCCUCACAGUGCACGCGGUGCUGCGCAUCGCUGAGUCCCUGCCUGGUGUGGAGAGCUGCCAGAACUACCUGUUCCGCUAUGGGCGCCACCCGCUGAUGGAGCUGCCGCUGAUGAUCAACCCCACCGGCUGUGCCCGCUCCGAGCCCAAGAUCCUCACCCACUACAAACGGCCCCACACCCUGAACAGCACCAGCAUGUCCAAGGCCUACCAGAGCACGUUCACGGGGGAGACCAACACGCCCUACAGCAAGCAGUUCGUGCACUCCAAGUCCUCGCAGUACCGCCGCCUCAAGACCGAGUGGAAGAACAACGUGUACCUGGCGCGCUCCCGCAUCCAGGGGCUGGGGCUGUACGCCGCCAAGGACCUGGAGAAGCACACCAUGGUCAUCGAGUACAUCGGCACCAUCAUCCGCAACGAGGUGGCCAACCGGCGCGAGAAGAUCUACGAGGAGCAGAACCGGGGAAUCUACAUGUUCCGCAUCAACAAUGAACACGUCAUCGACGCCACGCUGACGGGGGGCCCAGCCAGGUACAUUAACCACUCGUGCGCCCCAAACUGUGUGGCUGAGGUCGUGACCUUCGACAAGGAAGAUAAGAUCAUUAUCAUCUCCAGCCGCCGGAUUCCCAAAGGGGAGGAGCUGACCUACGACUACCAGUUUGACUUUGAAGACGAUCAGCAUAAGAUCCCCUGCCACUGCGGAGCCUGGAACUGCAGGAAAUGGAUGAACUAGCCGCCAUGGGGCCACCAGUCGCAGGCAGCCCCUGGUGCGCAGCUGCAAGGAGGCCUCUGCUGCGGGUUCUCCUCCCCCCUUGCCAUGCUGGGGGCGGGGGAGGCAGAGAUGGUGUAGGGGAAACGGCCCCAGCUGGAACCCAGGAAGCGAGGUUGGUGCAGGUGGGUCAGCCGGGGCCGCUUUCGGUUCCAAAGGCGAGGUGGCUCCAGGGGGCGCCGGUCCUUGCUCACACCCAUCGGAUGCUGUCCACCUAACUCCCACAGGGAGGGCGCAUCGAAAAGACCAGGGACCUCGGUUCUCUCUAGCCCUGCGCGCCUCGGCCCUGGGCCUCUGCUGGCAGGGUGCUGCUCUCCCCGAGUGGGUGGCCGCAGCGCCAUGAGUGGAACUGAUGAACUGGCAACUCAGGGUUUUCUUUGUUUUGUUUUGCGAGGAGGGCAGGGCCUGUGGCACCAACCAAACCUGCUCUGUCCACCUUGCUCACUGUAAAUAACUGGACGGAUGCAGGGCUAUCGGGGUGCUCCAGCUCGGAGUCUGGGGCGGGGCGGCCGAGGUAUCGGACCCACGGGGAGCUCAGAUCCAGUCUGUUCGUUUUAAAAAAAACCUAAUAAUAUUUGCUCGCUAACUUACCAAGGUAACAAAGAGACUCCUUGAGCUUGACAAUCCCAAACCUCCGAGCCCGGCUCUCUGGAGACAGACAGAGCUCGCUUGGGCUUCGGUUUAUUUCUUGUUCUGUCAACGAAAGCACCGUGAGCAUGUGAAGGAGGCAGCGGCUGCCGGAGCAGAGCUGGGGAGAGCCGUGUGCAGAAAAGGGCUCCCUACCCCCGAUGGAUGGACGCAAGGAGCCUCUGCACCCAAACCUACCUCAUUUUAAGUGUUAGAUUCUGCUGUUUUCAAUGUGACCCUCCCUCUGAGACUGACCACAUGCAACCUUCCUAGUUCUGAAUGAGAACUAGUGGCAGUGGGCGGAGCCUGGGGAAUCCCAAGGAGUGGCAGUGGGCGGAGCCUAGGGCAGGGGAGAUUGUAGCCUUGAGCUCUGACCCGGUUCUGCCUGGAAGGAGAGAGACCAUAAAAUAUCCCAGGAUCCCCUCCCCCCACCUGUGGGCCCCGCCUGGUUGGGUGCACAGGUGUGUUCCUGGCGCGCGCCCCCCCCCCGCCGUGCACAAAGCUGGGCACUCUGCUGCCAGCCGAGCGGCAGGGCCCAAGAGAGGUGGGGGCUCGGGGCUUUAAUUAGAAUGUGCCAAGACCCUGGCCUGGCUUCCACCCACCUUCCCAGCACGGCGCAAGCAGCCCCCGAGAGCCGCUGCUGGACGCCCGCCCCCUCAGCACUGAGCACAGCGUGGCGGGGAGACCAGGCGUUUGUUCAAGCCACUCGGUUUGGAGGAGCCAAGCUCCAUGGGAGCCUCGUUUCAGGCUGAGUUUGCUGCUGCUGCCAUACUCCUGAGUCUGGGGGUGGGGCAGGGGGCCCUGCCUGAGCCACUCCACUCCCCCACUAACCCGCUCCCCUUUCACUACCAGAACUGCUGCUCUAGGCUGGCCUGAGGAGGCUGUCUGUGUCUGUAAUGUCGGCAUGGUAUGGGGGGUAUUUAUCUAUUUAUACCUUAGCUUGUAUAUAUUAGAACCUUGGGGGGCUCUCUUCUGUGCUCUGCUUGGCUGAGAUUUUGGACCGUGGGGGAGGGCAGAUCUCAGGGGGAGGGCGGGGGGACGUGUUCCAUAACUCAGCCGAGGGGAGCAAACAUCCUCCCUGCUCUUGUCUCCAUUGUUAAAUAGAAGCCCCGUACGUGACGGGGUCCAGGAGCCUCCUGCCAUGCAAGGGCUCCCGGGGAGGGGAGGGGAUUGGUGGCAUUACAAACCAGGCACCACUUCUCCCCGUCCAGCCUCCCUUGCCCCAGCACCCUAUUGCUGACGGUUGAAUGCUCAGCCGGGAGGGACCUUCUAAGACUGCUGUAAACCAGAUGGGGCUGGGGGUCCUGCGCUCGCCGCCCCUUUCCAUUAAACUGUAUCAUUUGACAUCUCUUAACGCACAAAGGCAUGGCCCCCCCACCCCCUCGGGGCUGGCACGGAAUAGCACAGUUGUGAGGAAAGAAGCAGUAAUGAACUCCUGCCCUGCUCUCCCCAUGCCACAGCUGCCUGGCUCAGCUGAGGAGGGUUCUCUUUUGUAUUAAACUUCCUUCCUCUCCUGGGGUGAGAGGGGGAAAUCAAUGAAGUGAGAUUGUUUUGGGGGGAGUGAACUCUGGGGGAGGGGGCCCCAGGGCAUUUUAUGUUUUUAAAUCAAAAGAUUUCAAGUGAGAGAGAAGAACUGUCGCGUUUUUAAAAAGCUGCUUCUGCAACUAUUCAAAGCUGCAAAAGGUUUAAAAUGAAAUGUUAAAACUCGGGGUGAGGGCAGGGAAGAAUAAAAUAAAAAAUAUACACAAUUUAAAUUUAAACCUGUAAAUACAACGGGAGCUGUGUAGAGAAAAAAACGUUUUUACCAAUAAUAAAACCACUGGAUGUUAUUUUAAAAUAAAGAUGUGUGAGAGAAAAAGCCAGUAUAACUUUUGUUUUUUCCAAUAACUUGGAAGGCUGUAAAGUGUAUAAAAUAAAAAUUUAAAAAAUUACUACAAAAAAUGAUUAAGACUGGGCAAGAGUAAAGAAAAUAACAGACUAUAGCAGGUUGUAUGACCUUUUAGACUAUGGUUAGAGUAUAAAAUAGUCCUGUAGAUUUUAGCUGGGGAGGGGGGAAAACCUAUACAGUUUUUAAUUUUUAUAUAAACUAUAAUCCAGUCCCAGAGCUGACCUUUGAUUUUUUUUAAAAAGUUCUCUGCUUGUAAAUUUGCAUUCAAAGCCUUGUCCAAUACUUCUGUUUGUUUACAGUUGCAGAUAUUAUAUUUUAAGUUUUACCUUUUAUGAUCCUGAAAUAACCAUUUAUUAUUUCGUUGGGUUUUUAAAAAAAAUAAAUAAAGUUUAAAAUAAAACUAUGGCAAGCGUGGACUCUGUGAGGAAUCUUCCUUUGUGUUUGGGGUUUUAUUUUUGUGUGUAUCCUGUACAGCGAGGUUGUCCUUCGUAACAAAGAAAAGAAUGGGAAAAAAAAUAAAAUUAUUCCUUUUUUAAGAAAAACAGAACUGAACUUGUAUGUGGCAUGUUUUGUAUUGGAUAGAAUUUUGAAAUGUACAUAACUUAUGUUUGAAGAGGCAGAGCGUGAGUUUCACAUUUUGCUUCUCCGAGUUUGUUUUUAAAGGAAAAAAAAUAAAAGUGCAUUUUAAAUA